AUGGAACUACACUUCGCCACGCUGUUCUUUAUCUUCGUGACGGAUCAUCUCGAGAGUGAGUUGGGCAUCCUUGACCUCAUCCAAGUGUUUGUACAGGUGCUGGACGCCUGCUUUGAGAAUGUAUGCGAGCUUGACCUUGUCUUCCACUACGACAAGACUGCAUUGGAUACAAUUUUGGAGUCGGUGGGCGGUGUGAAGAAACUGGUGGACGCUGAAACUUCUUUCUUCGCUUGA